GACCCAGCCUUAACCGAGCCUCCAUAUUUUAUAACAACAUGUUCACUGAAUUUCCCAAAUGCGUUUGAUUUUCGUAUCUAUUCCAGUUUUUUUUCUUCAAAAUUCACAGACACCAGCGUCACAAAAUAUCUUAAUAAUAAUAAUAAUAAUAAUAAUCGAAACGGAUGACACAGGACUGCUGAAAUCUGCCGCGUAUCGUCUAUCGUAUUAACUAUUUUAAUCCACCUUAAACUGCCUGUAGUUCUACUAACCGCAGAACUGAUCCAGCAGUCCGCAGCCAGUGAGCACUUGUGCUGAGAGAAGGUCGGGGAGCGAAAGGGUUUUUUUUCCAUUCACAUUGCCUGUGCUGUUUUGGUAUUGGUGGCGGUGAUGAUGAUGGAGAAGAUGGGAGCGAUGCAUUUGACCAAGGUUUAAAUUGUUGGUAAAUUUUGCUGCAGCUGCAGGUGACAUUGCGCGUGUGCACACCGAGAAGAGGGUAUACAGAGGAGCAGGAAGAUGGCGGAAUGCAUACUAGAAACAGCUGGGGAAAGCAGAGCAGAAGUGAUGGUGCAGCCCAGAGUAGAGGAGAGGAAGCUCCAGAUGAACGGCCAUGCCUCCCCGGUGCGUCUACCUGCGAACGGCAGCAGCAACAGCAGCAGCAGCAACAACAGCGGCCCUGCAGAUAAACCAAUUUUAGAAGGAUUUUUAAAAACAGAUGACAGGAUGCGGUUAGCCAAAGAAAGAAGAGAAGAGCGGGAAAAAACUCUUGUGGCCCGGGAACAGCAAAUCCAGCAGAAGGAGAAGCGAGCGCAGCUGCAGUACGAGAGGCAGAUGGAGGAGCGCUGGCGCAGGCUGGAGGAGCAGCGGCAGAAGGAGGAGCUGCGCAGGGCUGCGGUCGAGGAGAAGAGGAGGCAGAGGCUUGAGGAGGAGAAGGAGCGGCUGGAGGCUAUGAUGCGCCGGUCCCUGGAGCGUAGUCAGCAGCUGGAGCAGAGACCCAAGCGCUGGUCCUGGGGAGGAGGCAACGGGGGAGUCAGAGAGGGUGACUCUGAAACCCCCCCACCUCCUCCUCUAGGUCUGCCCUCCAGCAGCCUCCUCCCGCCAGACCCUGUGAUCUCUGCGGCUGGGGCCCAGGCCCACAAUGCGACUGACAAACGUUCAGCCUCCACCGUGAACCUGCCCAAGCAUUUGGAGCCUCCAAUCAGUAAGCGCCUGUCCCACUCCUCUGCGACAAUUACCCAUUCUCCUGACAGAGCUCAUCGCUUGCAGCUUAGCCCUUUGGAAAACCUACUUGUUAAGCGUCUCUUGACCCAGACAAUGUCUUCAUUAGCCAGGUGCAGAAGUACCACGGCUCUGUAUUGUCCAGAACACUCAGCGUUGCAUGUCUGUCCUCGUGUAGCUCCGUCCAGCCCGCUCAAGUCUCCCUACAAAGCCUCGCCCAGCCGGAAGAAGAACGCCUCCACCUCCGCCAGGUCUCCCGAGGAGUCUGGAGGGGCAGCAGUAGCUCCUGACCAGCUGAAGACUGAGAAGCUGAAGAAGGAAAAGAAACUGACGUCCCCUGUGCUGGCCUCUCCACUCCCCAGACCAGAGUCACCUGCCACUGUAUCCAAGAGGUCGUCUUCACCGGCAACACCCAAGUCUGUUUCAAAGACCCGUGCCCACUCUCCCAGCACUGUGAAACAGUACCCCCCCUCUCCCAUGAAGCAGCGCGCCUCCAUGAGCACGCACCCAGAGAGUGCCAAGAAGAAGGCAGAGCGAGAGAAAGGGGACGGAGCAGCAGCCCAGGACAGACGGGCCGAGGAGGCCAGAGGCACAGAGAAACCCGACCGAAAAAUGACAAAGUCUGAGAGCUGCGACAAUGGCGCCAGUGAGGCUUCUCCAGUUACCCCCACUGGGAAAACCAUCGCUGGGACCACAGACGCAGAGGAAGCCAGCAAACUGCUGGCCGAGCGGAGACGCCAGGCUCGCCUGCAAAAAGAACGAGAGGAGCAGGAGAAACGGGAGCAGGAGGAAGCAGAGAGAGUGAAGGCAGAGGAGCUGCGCAGGAAGAUGGCAGAGGAGCGAGCGCGGCAGGAGGAAGCGGCUCGCCAGGCCGAGGAGGAGCGGAGGCAGGAGGAGGAGAGAAGACAGAAAAGGGAGGAGGAGGAUAGACUGAGGAGGGAGCAGCAGGACAGGGAGAUGCAGGCUCAGCUGGAGAGAGAGAGGGAGGAGGCUGAGCUGAAGGCCAGGGAGGCAGCCGAGCGUUUCCGACAGGAGAGAGAGCAGCUCAAGCUGCAGGUGGAGCAGGAGAGGCUGCAGAGGAAGAAGAGGAUCGAGGAGAUUAUGAAGAGAACAAGAAAGAGUGACAUUUGCGACACAAAGCAGAAGACUGAAGAGCAGCCAGCUGUGGAGCUCCUCAAACCGGUCCAGACUGAGAUCCCUGAAGAGCAAGUCAAUGAACAGAUCACGAGCGAGGAGCAGAAGGCCUCGGAGGAAUGUGUCUCGGAAACCUCUUACUCUGAAAUGACUUUGAAAGAACUGAACCCAGUCCCUCCUUUGAUUAACCUGAACCCCAUUGUGGUGAAAUCUCCAAGCCUCUACGAUUGCACUGAUGAGGUCCAAUCCAUGGAUGUCAGCCCCGUGUCCAAGGAGGAGCUGAUCUCAAUCCCAGAGUUCUCUCCCAUCAACGAGAUCCAUCACAUGGGGAUGAGCAACGCCAAGGCCAUCGAGGACCUAUUGGACCUCACCGGACACAUGGCAUACCCCAUGACUACCAGCGAGACCCUGGCUCUAGGGGACCUCAAUAAGAACCUCAUCGAGGGCUUCUGCAGUUCAGGGCAGGACAGCCAGCUCAUCGGAUCCUUAGCACAGUCCCUCGACAAAGCCUCUCUGCAAUAGCCAGAGCUCCUGAGCACUUGCACCAUGCUGCUUUAGGCAGACCUCCGAGCUGUGGCGUAGUCUGAAGGCCGUAUCAUCUAAAGAAGCUUCUUUCCCUCCCUCCUGUGCUCCUCAUACUGGAGCAAAGAGAGCCAUUGCUGAAUGUACUUUUAUUUUCCUCUGAAACGAUGCCCUGCUGAACGUGCUCAUGUGGGUGGAGCUCCUGAAUAUGGGACUGUGAUUGAUUGGUCUGAUUCAGGGAUGCCUGCGUGUGUGGGUGGAGCUCCAGAAUAAUGAUAUGUGACUGAUUGCUCUGAUUCAGGGAUGCCUUCUUCUGCGGAGGGGACUCUGGGACUAGAAGAAUCAGGAUGGAGCGCCUUAUUUUACAAACAUCUCAUCAGUUAACUCGCUUCACUGUGGCUUUUAACAUUUUUUGUUUUAUUUUCGUAAUGUGUUUCUUCCAAGUAUUUUAGCGCACACCUGAUGGUUUUUAUAUUUAUUUUAUAAAGAAAAAAACAAGUGAUCAUGAGGUCUGUAAAAAAAAAAAAAAAAAAAAAAUAUAGAAAAAGUGUGUCGGAAACGUUCUGAUUGUGUGCCUGUUUUUACAAUGUGUUGGUUAGUUUUGUUUCUUGUGGGUGUGCAAUAGUGAAGAGUCGAAGUGACACAGACACUUUAUAAAAACACUGCUGGGAGAUUAGCACCUUAACAGCAGAAGAUUCCAGAGAGAUGUACAUUUAGAGUCUGUCAGGAAUGACUGUAUAUUAGAUUACCUAAGAGCCAGAAUCGGUUCUUGCAGCUUGGGUGUUUACUUAUAAUACUUGCCCACCAUUGAACGCAUCCUAACUAGCCUCAUUCCUGCUCUGCAGUACAGCUGUGGCACUAUACAGUUUUUCCUGGACUGUCUUUAAAAAGUACAUUACCAGGAGCAUCAUCAUUGUCAGUGAGGCCGGCAUGCACCUUCCUCAGGCAUCUUGAUCCUUCAUUAGCUAAUAUGUUACGGGAGUCUUGAUCACUUCCACUUAAUCAUUUUGGCUGACUGAGGCAUAGCGAUGGCCAGACAGUUCUCAUUUAAAGAGCGAUAAAGAAGCAAAAUAGAAAACAAUUGCAGGCUGCACCUGUAUUUGCGUGCUCAUUAAAUAUGUUUAAAUGCUUGCUCAGCAGCAAUUUGCUGUUCUCCUCUGAAUCCGAAGCUCUGUUGUAGAAUUCAAUGAGCCAUGCGUUGGCCAGCCCCAAGCUCACAGCCAUUACUUAAUAAUGAUGCAGUGGAACUGUGCUGAAUAAAAGGGGGGAAGGGAAGAAAAAAUGCAUUUCUUCACGGGUCCAGAAGGUUGGGUUGAUCCAUGCAUUUCUGUCAUAUGUAGUUUAGACCCACAUCUUCAGACGUUAAGCUUAACUGCAACACAUGCUUGUCGUCCUGUGUGGUGUUGGGUAUACUAAAGGGAAGAACUCCUGUCAAAACGGUUCUACAUUCAUAAUUGAUGCAGUAUAAAGCUACAUUUUGGUUAGAUAUUGUCAAAUGCAUUACCUAUAUAGCUGUAUUUUUGACACUGCUUUCUAGAAAGGCACCGAUUUUCACCAUACUUAACGAAGACGCUAAACUUAGAAAACUAGACCUGUUGCCAUUGCUUUGCUUUAAUGGGACAGACUUACGGAGUGUAGCAUGUGUGCCCUGUACUGUGCUGUAUUUCAGGUCACCUGAGUUUCCUGUUUUUCUACAAGUAGUUGUAGUCCUAGUCAUGAGGAAUCACAUUUUCUCUCUCUGCUUUAAAUGUGCAGUGCUUAUUCGACAAUAUUUCCAAAGUGGUUAAGGUCUACCAGAGACACAAGACGGCAAGUAAAUAAAUACUUGGAAUAUUUAAAUGUUAGCUUAAGCUUCUUAAUUCAGCCUGACAAUUAAACAUGUGUCAGCGUGGUUUUUUUCAUGUAAUUUAAAAAAAAAUGGCCUACCAGUUAACAAAACCCAGUUUACUUGAAGUGUGAUGUGAUGUUGGGGUCUUCCAAACAUGGCGUUCUAACACGAGAACGUUUCACGAAGAGGUUGUGGUGACAUUGUUCUGGAGCUGCAAAAUGCAAUACAUUGCAAUUUUUGUUAGUGUAAUUAUUGUAAACAUGGUGCGUAUUACCCUUGCAUGAAAUCUGCAGCAUGUGCACAUAAUAAAGAAAUCCUCCUUUAAA